AUGAAUAUUAUUGGACGCUACGUUCGCAUAAAACAGCCCAUAAAUGGCGUCGGCGAUGCGAGAAACGAAGAGCGAAUCGAUGUGGUUGAAGACGAAAUUAUUCGUAUAUUGUCGGCUAAAGAAGAUUCGUGGCAUUGUGGACAACGACUUUCCGGUGAAUUGGUUUCGAUUCAAGCAGAAAACUUUGAAUUGAUUGAUUUACCAGAUUUACGUUCCAGUGAAUUAUAUUUCGUUGCGUCAUGUGCUGAAUAUAAUAGCGAAUAUCGAAGUGAUAUAUCAUUUAAUAAAUACACUGUGAUAAUUGUAUCAAAAGUCGUCGAUGAAAAUUGGCUUAUAGGAACUGUGGUUGGUCAAAAUGGUAAGCGUCUUGGCUGCGCGGGGAUGUUUCCGAAAUGUUUCACUGUCAAGCUUGACGUUGCGUCAGGAAAUUCGCAUUGCAAGCAAGAAGAAGUGGGCAAUUCCGAAGAAAUAGUUCGCUUUCGAUCUGGUGUUUUUGAUAAUACCCAAAGUUUAUCUCAUCAUGAUGUCGAAGCCAGUACUGCUUUGGGUGUGUCAAGAGAAUCAAUAUUUGAUGAAUCGAAGUUGUUUUCAUCUGUGGGAUCGGAAAAUUCUAUUGGAAUUGCCAGUGUUUUAUUCGAUUUUAUUGGCCGUGAUUCGGAUGAAUUGUCUGUGCAUGCUGGCGAAAGUGUUUCCGUACUUGAAUUUGUCACAAAUGAUUGGGUUCGUUGUUAUGAUCCUGGCGAAAAUCGUACUGGUAUCAUCCCCGCUUCUUUUCUCAACAUUUUUUUGAAUGAUGGUGAUGAGCUGGAUGAACUUCGUUUUGACUAUGAUAUAGAGGGUUUUAAUUUGGGCAAAGAGAAAAAUUUUUCUUCAUAUUAUUCAUUCGCAUCAUUGGAUUCGUCUCAACGUAAUAGGCCACUAUCACCACCGACUUACAAGGAAUCUACUGAGCAGCAAAAUUUAGAACUUGCAAAGAGCCUACAUGGGAUAGAUGCAAAUGCAGAUACCACUUGUUGUACUCCUGAUUUUUCUAAAAUAUCUGCCAUUCGUAUAGCUCCCAAACGACCUCCUCCUCCUAAGUUAAACUCUGGUACAAGAUUAAUUUCUUCAGCGGAAACUCCUAAAAAUUUGCCUCCUCCUAGACCACCAUGUUUAUCCCAACAAAAAGUUUUGACGGCUCUUCAUGAUCGUAUUCAACGCAAUCAUUCUGUUAACGAAUCCACUGCAAAUGAUGCGAUUAUCAUGAAGCAACGUAUAAUAGACGAUCUGAUUAGUUCUGAACAACAAUAUCUUAAUGAUAUUGCUAUGUGGGAAACUGAGGUAAUUGGAAGUGCUGAAAUUAGUAUAGAAAAUAAGAAGAUUUUAACUAAUGGUAUUCCACAAUUGAAGGAUUUAUCGAAAAAAUUAAUAUCUCUAUUAACUGAAGAACAAAGUAAACCGCUAGAUUCGCAAUAUUAUGGUUAUGCUUUUAUGCAACUUCGAGAUGACUUUAUACGCACGUUUGGAAUGCAUUUUCGUACUAUGAAAACAAUGAACGAUAUUGUUGAAGGGAAAGACGCUAAACUUCAUAUGGCGUUAGCGAAUUGUUUAGUAGAAAUGCGUGCUCUUGGUUCAACAGUCUUUGAUUUGCCUUCAGCUAUUUCUCGACCAAUCCAUCGUUGUUUGAAAUAUCCUGUAUUCAUUGGUGAAAUCUUGAAGAAUACACCAUUGAAUCAUGCUGAUCAUCCUCGUUUAUUGGAGGCUCUGAAGCAGAUGAACAUCUUGGUGACAAAAAUGAAUGAAUCAAAACGUCGUAAAGAAUUAAAUAUGAAAUAUCGUAAUAGCGAACCGCAAUCAUUUUCAAAGCGACUGUCGAGGCUUAACAUCCACACAGUCAAAAAAAAGAGUAAUCGAUUCAAAUAUCGUCUUUCAUCUCAAAUUGGCCUAAUUAAUGUGGAUAGCGACAUCGAUUUCGAUUCUCUUGCACAAAGUCUUGAUGCGUGUGAACGUAGGAUUUGCAGAUUGCUGCAUUCCUUGCAAUUAUAUAAACGUUUAAUGUUUGCUCGAUCGCGACGUUACGCCGAUAUAUACACCUCUCCAGAAAAGUUAACGCUUAAUAGUGAUACUGUAAUUGUUGAAAUAAGAACCCAUUGCCGAAAACUUCUUCGAGUUGUUGCUUCUGUCGUUGAUAAUGUUAAUCGAAAUAUCGGUCAAGAAGCAAAAAAAUAUUUGCGUUUACCCAUAACGAAAUUAAUUCAAAAGCGAUACGAUAAGCUGAUCGAUUAUGUUUCAGCUAGAAAGGAAGGAAAAAAUCCCGAUGAUGUGAAGAUAAAAAAGUGUGAUUAUGAAGCUCUUAACGUCCAACUUAAAACUAAAUUGCCAAAAUUGAUUGAAAAUUUAAAUCUUAAAACCUUAUCUCUAGUUAAAAAUAUUAUCGUAGAAGACAUUGAAACUUUUACCCAAUUGGAUAUUGAUCGAUUUAAACUGAGUCAUAAGGCUCGCUGCUUCAUAAAAAUACCCUUUCGUAAUUUCAUUGAUCCAGUUCAUCAACGUCUCAAGACUUUUAUCAUAAUUGGGAAACAAGCAAACGAAGAACUAAAUUUCUUAAAUGCAGUUGGUAUUAGUAGAAGUCCUAUUUUCCGACUUGAUUAUAAAACAGAUGGAGAUGGCGAAGGUCGAUCGCAAACAGCUGUAGAACGAAGAAUGAUUAUUCAAAUGAUGGUCGCACAAAAUCUGCAAUACUGUCUUAUGACAGUAAAAAAGCGAUGGCCUUCAAUUGAGCUAGGCUAUUACGAUAGAAUCAACCAAAUAUUUGCUGAAGUCGGUGAUGUAGUUAUUGUACUGGAAAAAGGCAACAAUUCAUGUCUGUGUGAUAGCGGUGUGGUUCAAGGUCAUAUACCUCUAGAAUAUUUGGAGCCUUUCAACAAAUCAAUAUAUGCAGCUUGUGAAUCUGCGAAGUCCGUCGAAGUUUAUUCUAUUCCGGAAACCAAUCUGUCACUCGUUCCAGAUAUUAAUUCACUAACACCAUCAUCAUUGGCCCCACCUCAUUCUGCAUUAAAAUCAAUGGUUAAAAUUACGAACGAAAAUGUAGAAACAAAUCUAAUCGAUUUGGAUGAAAAUUUGUUGGACUUAAAUUCAUCAGUUUCUGCAACAUUUUUAGACCAUAUGAACUAUGAUUCUCAGCAAGCUUCCUCAGCAUUCUCGUCCAUUGAUCCUUUUGAUUCAUGCAUUCAUCAAGAAACCACUCCCAAUGCUACCAGUGAUCCUUUUUAUGAUCUCUUUCAGCUAGCGAAAGCAUCUCAAUAUUUAAAGAAUGGGCAUCCGAUAUCUUCCAUUACUGUACCACCUAUACCUUUAAAGCCUAAGCAGAUAGAAGCCGGAAAAACAAGCUCGGCUGAAAUGGAUCGCAUUACUACGAUUCCAGAAAUUCCCGAAAGAGACAAAAAAGAAUUUAUGAAACCAAUUCGGCAAGCGCCACCUAUACCUUCUUCAGAAGAUCGUAAAAUUUCUGACGAAAUCGAAAUCGAAGAUGAUGAUAAAAAAAAAUGGUUGAGAUGCAAAGCAGACUUUUUAUAUGAAGCCAAAGAUGAUUUACAAAUCUCUCUUGCUGAAAAUGAUGAAGUAAUCGUUUUAAAAAAAAGUGACGAUGAAGGGAAUGAUCAAUGGUGGCUUGUAAAAAACAAGAAUGGUCAAACUGGAUUCGUGCCGGCGAAUUAUCUCUCCAGAAUUUGA